AAGGUACUAUACACUCAUGGAGGAUGAUGAUUCAAGCUCAAAGGAGCUCACUCUGGAACCUCCUCCUCCUCCUCCUCAGGCGUCGAGGCGAACCACCAACGUCGCAUCAAAGUCCUGGCUCGUGAUUUCAGUGUCCGGGAAGUCACGGAUCGAGGAGGCCGGGAAGCACCACAUCAGGCGCAGGACGGGGAUUCCGGGGCGUGACCUGAGGAUUCUUGACCCGGCGCUCUCGUACCCGUCUUCCGUGCUUGGCAGGGAGCGCGCCAUCGUGGUGAACUUGGAAAACAUCAAAGCCAUCGUCACUGCAAGUGAAAUGUUGCUUCUCAAUCCCAGGGAUCCUAGUCUUUCUCCUUUCGUUAGCGAUCUCGAGCACAAGCUUUGCAAUCUUGAUCAUUCUAAUAUGCGUUCUAACGUAACUGUUUACUAUCUUCCUUCCUUUUUUCCUUUUGAAGAAAAUUUUGGAUAG